AUGCAAUCGGAUGAGUCUGAUUCCGAGAACCCCAUGACCCACUUUGUUCAAACUCUGUCUUUUUCUUCUUCAGACACGAAAGGGAAACAUAGGAUACAUGCUGAACUUAAAAGAUUGGAACAGGAAACAAGGUACUUAGAGGAAGAGUUGGAAAAGCUUGAGAGAAUGGACAAAGCAUCUGCAUCAUGCAAAGAGAUGCUUAGCAAUGUCGAGAAAAGGCCUGAUCCAUUACUUCCAUUAACAAUUGGUCCCUUAAAUCCUACAUGGGAUCGAUGGUUUGAAGGCCCCCAAGAUUCCAAAGGGUGUUGCAGAUGUUGGAUUCUCUGA